AUGUCUAACAACAAUAUAAACAACACUAUUUAUGAUAUUUCCACCAUUCAACAAGUCUUGAUCAACUCGCCUUUGGAAGGAAUCAAGAUGCUUCCUUUGAAUUCGACAAUAUUAGUAAAAGCUAGUGAAUGGGAAAAGUGUCUGGAGCGAAUCAAUGUCUUAUGCUCAACAAAAUGGAAUAAAAAGCAUAAAUAUUCUGGAAAAGGUUUAGUUUUUGGAGAGACUAAAAAAUGCCACCGUGCUGGCCAAUAUAUAACAAACCGCCAAUUACGUCUUGCCCAGAAAGAUACGAAGGCAUGCUCUUGUACAGCUGCCUUAAAAAUCAUACAGCAUCUCGACAACCCCAAUGUUGUUACAUUUUGCCAAACAAGGGCACAUGUAAACCAUGUUCCUGGAGACUGGGACGAAGUCAGAACUCUUCCUUUGCCUUCUGAAGCCAUAAAGAUUAUUGAAGAUCAGUUGAAAAGUGGCAGCAGCUGUAGAAGUACAAGAAUUUCAGUUCUUAGACAGAUUGAUAGUUGGGGAGUUGGCGUUAGAAAGCCUAAUUAUGAAGAAAUUUACAACAGAAUGAGAAAGAUGACUACUUUGUUAUAUAUGUUUGCUUCUGAUGAAAAUGCAUCUAUUUCCAUCUGGUUAAAUGUAAAGCUAGCAGAACAAAACUAUUGCAUUUUUGAAAUCAAUCUUUCUGUUUAUAAUGACGGUAAAAAACAAUUUGCCUUUGGAUUUCAAUCACCAAUGCAAGUUUCAAUCAUGAGAAUCUCGCAAUCUUUUUGUCUCGAUGCCACCCAUUCCAUUUCGUCCAGAAGCGACGAAGUAUUAUAUACUUUGGUCACUCGCCAUCCUCAAACAGGAAAGGGAUUCCCUGUUGCAUACAUGGUGACAAACAACCAGACAGCCAUACCCAUCAAACUUUGGCUUGACCACCUUCGCAUCAAGAGCAGCUUCGUACCAAUGAAUAUUACCAUUGACUGUAGCAUUAUGGAGGUUAAUGCAAUCAAAGAAGCAUUACCUCAUGCUACAAUUCACUACUGUGAUUUUCAUGUUCUUCGCGCUUGGCAGCACAACCUUGACAGCAAGAUUAAACUUAAUGCCUCUUAUACAUCAGAACAACUUGGGAAUUAUAAGACUGCACUGAAGAACUACCUGAGACACAUUCUCAUCGAGUCAAACGAAGACGUGUUCCUAAGAGCAAUUGAAGAUUUUAAACUGAUGGUUCAGGAUCAACCUCAGUUUUUGAAAUAUUUUGAGAAGAAAUGGACCGAGAACGAAGAAUUGUUGCGAAGAUGGGGGCGCCCGUACAUUAGCCAACAACAUCAGAGAUAUGUGACAAACAACUAUGUAGAAUCAUGGCACAAUCAACUCAAGACAAUCUACUUUGGUCGUGCACGCAUCAGAAGAUUGGAUCGACUAAUUUUUAUCUUGACAAAUGAUGUGGAGUUCUAUUUUGAACAAGAGGUUGAGCGUAUUCACUUCAACAAUGGUAAGAUGGGUCCCAUUGAUAAUGAGUUAGCAAGAAAUUCUUUUGUUGCUUCAAAAAUCCAAAAUGACAUGCUCCCUUCCAUGAUUCUCAACCCUUUGGGUGAGACUGGUAACAGCAUGGAUGAUUAUAAUGGUGAGUGGCAAAUAAGAUCUUUCGUAACAGAAGAUAAGUGGUAUACCGUCAAUAUAUCAAAUGACUUGAUACAAAGCUGCACCUGCCCGAACUUUCUGACCCGCCAGAUCCCAUGCAAGCAUUCACAUUUGUUGAAGCGUUACUGUGGGGCAAAAUUCAGCUUCAUCGAGCAACGGGAGAUAGCAGGAGUGGUAUUGAACCGACAAGACGCUGUAAAUGCAAACGAGAACGAAGUUGAGGAAGAAGUAGAGGAGGAAUUAGAGAGUGGAGGUACUGCUGAAGAUAGAGGUGUAUAUGUCUUUGACGAAAUUGCAGCUUAUUCUGCAACGAUGCAUCACGGCUUUGAAGAUCUUCAAACUUUGAAGACAAUUCCUGGCUUAGAUCAAACAAAGGCAGAUCUUAUAAAAAGAGCACUCGCAGAUGCUGUGAGGUUGAUGGAUGAAUAUAGAAGUGAGAACCCUUCAUAUUUUAGAAACUUGAAUACUCAGAGAUAA